AAUGAGAUUAGUUUGAUUUUUGGCGGCAAGAGAGCAGUGGCGGCAUCCAAAACAAACGCGAAACGAUAAUGUCAGAUGCACAGAGAUAUUCUUGUAAUUGAAGAGGUGUCAUUGAGGCUGUUUUCCAGGAGAAAUGGCUUUUCUGGUUUUUAGAAAAAGAAUCCAAAUUAAUUAUUUUUUAAUUAAUAAUCAUAGACUGUUUAGUGGACAAUCACGAAAAGAUGUAGAAUAUAAGAAAUGUUACCAAAUAUUAGGUAUAUCUGAAGAAAGUGACCAAGAACAGAUCCGUAGAGCUUAUUUAGAAUUAGUGAAAAAAUACCAUCCAGACAGUCCCAGUGGAGAUUCAAAGAAGUUCCAAGAGGUUGAUCAUGCGUUUCGUGUUUUAACUGAAAAGAAGUCACGAGAACGCUGGGACGUCGAGGAUUCUUACGAGAUGCCGGCUGAGGAAUUCGAUAUUAAACACACAGCGCCUCAGCAUAGGCAGUACUUGUCUUAUGGUGGUGCUGGAAGCGGAACUCCUUUCCAAAGGGAAAAGCAGUAUAUGAAGAUGAGAGCCAUGCAGGCAGCAAGUAAUGUACUUGAGCACAGGAUAUCCAAGGUCACGGCAGAUGAAAAGUCUUUGAUGGAUAAAAAAGUACCGUUUAAGCAUAAAAUCAAGACGAAGUACGGGUUUGAUAGGUUGGUGGAAGAUUUGAUACAAGAAUCAAUGUCUAAAGGGGAAUUCAAUAAUUUGUCGGGAUGCGGAAAACCGUUAAACAAACAUCAGAAUGUGAAUCCUUACGUGGAUUUUGUCACGCAUAAAUUAAAUCAAGUUUUGAUAGAUAAUGGUUUCACGCCGGAAUGGAUAACUCUGCAGAAGGAGAUCAGAGAGGAAAUCCAAGAUUUGAAGGAGUCUUUGGCUGAGGAGAGAUCAAAGUUUGGCGCGUAUCCAUUUGAUGAGGAGAUUAAUGGAGAUUGGGAUGAAGUAGUUAGUAAAUAUGAGCAAACCGUGAAAAAUAUUAAUAAGAAAAUCAACCAUUACAAUUUGGUUGUACCAGUUUUAAAUAAGCAAAUGGUUCUGGUGGAUUUGAAUCGCGAAGGUAAGCAAGUUGCUGUCCAAGGCAAGCCUUACGAUCCAAGCAAAACUAAGCCUACGGAAAAAGUUAAAUUGGAUAAUAGAGGCGGCGAAGGAAUCUGGGGUAUCUUCGAUACGUUGUUUAAGAAAAGUUGAAGUUUCUUG